CCUCUACAGAACCAAUAUGAAAUUAUUUUUUGAGAAUUCACUUAGAGUGCUAUCUAGUUUCAUUGUGACGUUUCAACUACUUUUAUAAUUCCUGAGUCAACUUAAGAGCUUAGCCCAUAAGGCCAAAAAUGGAGCAAUCAUGAGUUUUGCUACAAAGUAUGACUGAUGAUAAGAUAGUGAGAUCUUUUCCUGACUUGUGCUCCAGUCAACCAAUGGGCACCAAAGAAAUGGACCUACCUUAUUUAGUCCAAGAUAAUAUUGAAGACCUGAUUGGCACACAUAGCAUCUUUGACUUCAGAAAUCAGGAAGACGAAAAAAUGACAACAAGCUUGUGUCCUGAGGAAGAGUGUGAUGACAUUUCUUUGAAGAAAGACUCAAUGGACUACCUUUUACAGACUGACUCUGACCACAAGAUUUUGAAGCCAGAAAAUUAUUUUGCUGGCUUCUCUCCUCCUACUGGGAGUCUUGGAGCUGCAAGGGAAGCAAGCUUGAUUGAGCAACUCUCCAGUUGUGAGUCUGGAGUGACAUCUCGUGUACAGUGCAGCUUGAAUGAUGCAAUAGGCACAAUGUCGAAGAACAGGCCAGAAAAAAGAGCAUCGUCACCUGCACUUCAGGAGCCCUGCAGAAAAAAACAAAAGAAGAUUACCAACAAGAGUUUGCAUAAGAGGAUGUUAUCAAGACAAGGAGUGAAGUUGAGGCGCUGGCACCAGGAUGACAUGGAAAAAGCUCUGGCAGCAUGUUUGGGUGAAGGGCUUCCUGCUUCAGUUGCUGCUGGGAUAUUCAAUGUGCCGCGUCGCACGCUCUCAGAUCGCCUGAAGAGGGUUAGAGUGACAGAUAGUGCACCUGACGCAAUGUCUACUACAUUGUCGCCAAGCGUUGANAUUUCAAUGUAA